AUGGCCAGCUCCAACAUCACCUGGCACCCGUCCCUCUCGCGCCGCCAGCGCGCCCAGCUCCGCCGCCAGCGCGGCCUGACCAUCUGGCUCACCGGCCUCUCCGCCUCGGGCAAGUCCACCGUCGCCACCGCCCUCGAGCAGCACCUGCUGCACCUCGGCCGCGCCGCCUACCGCCUCGACGGCGACAACGUGCGCUUCGGCCUCAACAAGGACCUCGGCUUCUCCGAGCGCGACCGCAACGAGAACAUCCGCCGCAUCUCCGAGGUCGCCAAGCUGUUUGCCGACUCGGCCACCAUUGCCAUCACGUCCUUCAUCUCGCCCUACCGAGCGGAUCGCGACUUGGCCCGUCGGCUUCACGCCGCGUCGCAGGAUCCCCAGGAUGAAGCCCUCCCCUUUGUCGAGGUCUUCGUCGACGUCCCUCUCGAGGUUGCCGAGCAGCGCGACCCAAAGGGUCUUUACAAGAAGGCUCGUGCGGGCGAGAUCAAGGACUUUACCGGCAUCUCGGCCCCGUACGAGGAACCGACCAACCCGGAAAUCACAAUCAAGACGCACGAGAGCUCGGUGGAGGAGUGCGUUGCCCACAUUGUCGACUGGCUUGUUGAGCAGGGCCAUCUCCAGCUGCCCUAG